AUGAUUUCGUCAACCGAAGUUGGAUCUUCGGCAUUCACGCCCGUGUCACAUCCCAAGUCGCCAACUGGUGAAGCUGAUGAGAACAGAGAAGAAUACCAGUGGAGAAAUCGCAACACAAACUUGCCAUUUUCUCGUCAUUUUUGGUCUGUAUGGGGACCGUACUCUCCCGCAUUCAGUCCAGCAGCUAUGGAUCAUGUUUUGAAGCCUUCAAGCCCUCCACUCUGGCCCAUGUGUUCGGCAUUUGGAGGUCCAGGCUACCCUUCCUUUUGGAAGGAACGCUUUCAUCAGUUCAGAUUCACGUCGUGUUCUGACGAAGAAAAGCCCAGUCAGUCAUACAUCGGACUUAUCGCUGAGGCGAUCUUAAGCUCGCCCGAAGAGAAACUUAUUCUGAGUGACAUUUAUAACUACAUCCUGACACAUUAUCCUUACUUCAGAAACAAGGGCACUGGCUGGCGAAACAGCAUACGUCAUAAUCUGUCUCUAAACGACUGCUUUGUCAAGGCAGGGCGCAGUCCUAACGGGAAAGGCCAUUUCUGGGCGAUCAGCUCCGUUUACUAUGAUGACUUCAGACGUGGUGACUUCAGGAGGAGAAGAAUACAGAAAAGAUCACACAAAAGCCGUAGAACAUCGAGUGAAUCCAAAGAAGAUGUCGUUAUCUGCAAAGCAGAGAGUAGCGAGGAGGUGGGAAAAGUCACCGAGGAACAGGAUGAAUUGGUCGUCGAGUGUUCCACAAAUGAAUGCGACGAACAGAAAGAGGAAGAACCCACCACAGAGAAGAUUGAAAGUCUUUGCCAAGAAAAGCGCAAAUCAUUUGACAUGGCCAGCUUACUUGCACCUGAUAGAGGACAACGCGAGGGAGGAUUUCUUGUGCCUGUGUACCCACGGCCCUUCGACCCCAGCCUUGUGUACAACGCGCGUUAUCCGACGCAUGCAGGUGAAUAUGUCUCUCCUUCGCCGGUGUUUGAACGCUUCCACGGAUCGGAGCCAACAAAGCUUAUCUUCCCAUACAAUUAUAGACUUGCUUGUUAA